UUGAGGCAGAGAGAAGAAGUGAAGGCUAAGUGAACAAAGUGGAGAAAAUGCGCAAGCAAAAGAUGCAGCGCUACUGAGAUUCAAAGAGAGAGAGAUUGCAAAUCGGCAAUCCUGUUAUUUUUAGGGUUUUACAGUAGGCGAGGCGGAGAAAUCAGAGAGUAGACAGAGAUGUCUGACCUAGAUAGGCAAAUAGAGCAGCUAAAGAAAUGCGAGCCAUUGAAGGAAUCGGAAGUGAAAGCUCUGUGCCUCAAAGCCAUGGAAAUCCUCGUCGAAGAGAGCAACGUUCAACGCGUCGAUGCCCCUGUCACUAUAUGUGGAGAUAUCCAUGGGCAGUUUUAUGACAUGAAAGAGCUUUUCAAAGUGGGAGGGGAUUGCCCAAAGACUAAUUACUUGUUUCUUGGAGAUUUUGUUGACCGAGGAUUUUACUCUGUUGAGACAUUUCUACUUCUAUUAGCCCUUAAGGUGAGGUAUCCAGAUCGGAUUACUCUCAUUCGAGGGAACCAUGAGAGCCGUCAGAUAACUCAGGUUUAUGGAUUCUAUGAUGAGUGCCUUCGUAAAUAUGGUUCUGUGAAUGUUUGGAGAUAUUGCACUGAUAUUUUCGAUUACUUGAGUUUAUCAGCUCUUAUUGAGAAUCGAAUUUUUAGUGUUCAUGGUGGUCUCUCUCCUCCCAUAUCAACAUUGGAUCAGAUCCGAACAAUUGAUAGGAAGCAAGAAGUACCUCAUGAUGGUCCCAUGUGUGACCUUCUCUGGUCAGAUCCUGAAGAUAUUGUGGAUGGUUGGGGUUUGAGUCCACGUGGUGCUGGUUUUCUAUUUGGUGGCAGUGUGGUGACUUCUUUCAACCAUUCAAACAAUAUUGAUUAUAUAUGCCGUGCUCAUCAGUUGGUAAUGGAAGGAUACAAAUGGAUGUUCAAUGACCAAAUAGUUACUGUCUGGUCGGCUCCAAACUACUGCUACAGAUGUGGUAAUGUAGCUGCAAUCUUGGAGUUGGAUGAGAACCUGAACAAGCGGUUUCGUGUUUUUGAUGCAGCCCCACAGGAAUCAAGAGGCACACCUGCCAAAAAACCUGCACCUGAUUAUUUCUUAUGAUAAUUGGCAAAGCCUUUUAUCAUUUGAUGCAAUUGAAUUGAUUACAAAGAACAUCUACAUUUGCAUGGUGAAGAAAUCUACUGCAAUACCAAAAGAAAGAUCUAAUGGAUAGACUCCCCAGUGAUCAACUCUUGAAAUGACGAGGAAGAGCCAUAUUAAUGGUUUUUACACAUUUGGAUUGUUGGGGUUUGCUUUCUUAUGUUCUUAGUUCCACCACCAUUGUUUUCUGAUUUGUGUAAUACUAUUGUAUAUCAUGCUAUGUGCUAGUGAAUCAUGGAAAUAUGGGACACUUAUCCUUCCUCGACUUGGGUGAAGAUUAUAGGUCUUGUUCAAAGGGAUUGAUUUUGCUUUAUUUUCCAGUUAUCAUGGAAAAGAUUAGAUUAGGGACAAUGAAGGGGUAACAAAAGUAAAUGGAACUCUCAAAAUUUGUUGUGUUUGCUCUUUUGGACAAUAAGAGCUGCGAUUGUCUUCUUUCAUGUGUUUUCUGAGUGAGAUUGCUAUCUUCGAGCUUGGAAAAAAAGAAAGAAAAUGAGAAAAAUAAAUAUUUAUUUCCCUUUCA